AUCGCUGAAUUAUUCGUGUCGCCUGGAAAAUUAGCAAACAAGCUUUAAAGUUGCGGGCGCGUUUUAAUACACACAAUAAGUAGUUGUCCGAAACGUGCCGUUAAGUGCUUCUGAUGUCAGUUGUUUAUUUCAGCUGAACUUUGUUUGCCCGCGGCGAAUUGUAAAAAUAUGGCACCAGAAUAACCGCAUCGACCUGACCCGAUAACCUCAGUUUUAAUGUUUCCAGCGCUGUGAUUUGGUGUGGCUUGCGGAAAGUUUCACAGAAUUGUUAAAGUUGAACAGCAAUGGGCGCGAGAACGUCUACUUCUCUGAUGUCGAAAUAAGCAGCAAAAUAUGGCUACCAAUGUCGACAUGGCGUUACGUCGGUCCAAGGGAUUUUUAUUGGAGUCUGUUUUGCCUCCACAAACCCUUAUUUUCCAUUGUACGACACGACCGCAAAUCUAUUUCGAACUAAGAAUGAUUUAUUCAUGCGUUUGUAUGAAGUGAGCAUGGCACGCAACUACUUGAUUUGGGCUCAGUGUCGUAUGAUGUAGGCAGUGGUGACGCCUUCCACGACCAUACUGCAUGGCACACGCAUCAGACGCGAGCCACAUUGCAGCACCGUGUUCACAUCUGCGAUAGUUCCCAAAAUUGUCGCAUCCAUACUACUAGAGACUUGCAGCACUCUAUAUUGGGCAAAUGCAUUUCUUAAGCUGAAUUUACUACUCAACUGUGUGACCUGGGAUGAAGUCUCAUGAAGUCUUCCAUUGGAGCUGACAUUCACAGUCAGCGGAAUCAUCCUUUAUCGAUCCUCCACCAGACAAAGACCUGCCCAUUGCCCCCUGUACUGUAACGUCUUACUCCCUGACCAUGGCUAGUCGAAGAAAGUCUACAACACCCUGCAUGAUCCGACCGGAUGACUUUGUAACUGCAGAUGAUCCAGAAGAAAUGGAUUCCUGUGUGGAUGGUCCAGAAGAAAAUGGAUCCUCACAUGUGUCUUCUAGUGAGGACUGGACGGAUAAGAAGAGUUCUGUGAACUCUGCACAGGAAGCAACAGAGCUAGAAAAACCUGAAGUGAAAACACGACCACAGAGGAAACUCCAGGGAGGCUAUGAGUGCAAAUACUGUCCCUUUUCCACACAAAAUCUCAAUGAGUUCAAAGAUCAUGUCGAUUCCAACCACCCCAAUGUUAUACUCAACCCACUUUACUUGUGUGCGGUAUGCAACUUCAACACAAAAAAGUUUGAUUCUUUGACGGAACACAAUGAGAAAUGCCAUCCUGGUGAGAGCAACUUCAAGUUCAAGAGAAUCAAACUCAACAGUCAGACUAUUCUGGAACAGACAAUCGAAGGUUCGAACUGUGCAGUCCUCUAUGAUACCACCAGCCCUCAGUCAGGAGAGAACUUUACUUCUUUUCCUCUGAGCAAAUCCAGUACUGUUAAGGUGGGUAAGCCUAAAAUAGAUAGUUUACAGCUGCAGGACGAUAGUCCGCUGGACAAACUUGCUCAAGAUCUACAGAAAAAGCAAAUUACUGCUGUGAAUGUGAACGGGACUGUGAUAAUCCCAGAUGCAACUCUUAGGGAUGGCCUCUCUCAUAUAAUGCCAUCCUUGCAACGCCCACCUAACUACAACUUAGUACCAAAAAUCGCUGUCCCCUUGAACACAUCAAAGUACAACCCCGCGCUAGAUGGCAAUUUGACCCUCAUAACCUCCUUCAACAAGUUUCCGUACCCUACACAAGCAGAGCUUUCUUGGCUCACUGCAGCCUCCAAACACCCUGAAGAACAAAUCAAAGUGUGGUUCACUACCCAACGUCUAAAACAAGGCAUCAGCUGGUCUCCUGAGGAGGUUGAGGAAGCACGAAAGAAGAUGUUCAAUGGAACGAUUCAGUCUGUUCAACAGGCAUUCACUGUCUUACCUACUCAUUUAACUCAGUCCACUAAAGCUUCACAGCCCCUUAUCCAGACCGUCCCUUGCCAUGUUCUUGGACAAUCUGGCCUGGUGUUGGCACCGGUUUCCAAUGGCUCAACUGCUACUGGUGUUCCUCUUGCACUAACAGUGUCAAAUCAAAUAGCACAGGGUGUCAAGAGGGCCCACAGAGCACCACCGGUUGCUCCAGAGAUAAAGAGGCCUUCAAUAAUUCAGUCCGUUCAGAGCACUCCCAAGCCUGUCUCUCCGACACCAAGCCUUUCUUCAGAUUGUGAAAAAACCCCUGAUCAAAUCAGAGAGCUCACCACCAGCUAUUCUCAGUGCCAGUUUCCUGAUGAUGAAGAAGUGUAUCGUCUCAUCGAGAUGACUGGCCUCUCCUGGGGAGAGAUCAAAAAAUGGUUCAGUGAUCAGCGCCAUGGAAACCAUAAGGCAGUGCAACAGAUUAAAACAGACCUCUCAUCGAAGGACAGCCAACCGCAUAAGCCUGUUGCCACACAGUUUCCCCUACUAGAGAGAGUUAAAGGCAAAUCCUCUGAGCAAAUGAAAAAGUUAGAGGAGAGUUUCCAAAGGACUAGUUUUCCAACCCAGGCUGAGAUAGAGCACCUUGUGACAGACACCAGACUCUCUAAAACCGAAAUUGAUUGCUGGUUUAAGGAGCGCCGUGCACUGCGAGACAACCUGGAGCAAGCCUUGCUCAACUCAAUGGGCUCAAAAAGGCUGGAGCAUCACCUUCAAAGGGGGACACUGAAUGGAGUCCAUGAGCAGGACUGCAGAGUCAGGGACUCGCCUCUUCCCAUUCUCACGUCUUCAGUGUGUCCAGAGGCCAUUGAUGGCAAGUCUCUCUGCCUUCUUAAAGACAUGUUUGCACAAACCCAGUGGCCCUCACCAGAGGAGUACAACCAACUAGAAAUCCAAACAGGGUUAGCUCGUACAGAAAUUGUCCGGUGGUUUAAGGACAACAGAUCUGCUCUGAAAAAUGGAACGUUAGGUUGGAUGGAGCAAUUUCAAAGUCUUAGCAACAAGAGAUCUAAUGGACAAAACAGCACAUUGAUCUCGGAGCAGGCCCAGAGUGUCCUUCAAAGGCACUUUCAAGAGACAAAGGUACAAAAAGAGGAGGGUUUUGAGAAGCUUGCAGAGCAGUCGAAACUAACCAACCAGGACAUAGUCGAAUGGUUCACCAGUAAGCUGGGGCACAACAUGCCUGAUAUCAGCAAGAGCAAGGAUCAACACGGACAGGCGAGUGUAGAUGGUAAGAGGUGGGUUUCCUUGGCAGCUGACAUUGAAGGCAAAGAUUAUGAUGCACAGAAAGUGGCACGAGACCUUGAAGUUCUGUCGUCUGAGCACAGAGUGACAGGAUGAAGUGAUAAAG